CUAACUGACAAUUGACACCGCAAUUACCUCUGCCUUCAAAUUCUUUCCCUCGCCGGAAAACCACCAUAACCACCAAGCUUCUCCAACAAAUGCUCCACCAUUGAAACUCUCACGGCCGACAAUCCAGACCCGAAAUUUUCAACAAUGUCCAACUCCAGAAGAUCCUCUCUCUCCGGCUUCGCCUCGCCCCAACCCGCCGGGUCGACUCAGGACCUCAAGCACCGAGUCAUCAACUGCCUCAACAAGCUCUCAGACCGAGACACCCUCGCUCUCGCCACCGCCGAGCUCGACUAUAUCGCCAGAACCCUCCCUCACGACUCCUUCUCGCCGUUCCUUAACUGGAUUCACAACACCGACAACUCUUCCAAGACGCCGGUGCGGAAGCAAUGCGUCAACCUCCUAACCCUACUCUCCAACUCCCACGGCGACGCGCUCUCUCCUUUUCUCUCGAAGAUGAUCUCCACUGUCGUCCGCCGCCUCCGCGACCCCGACUCUGCCGUGCGAUCCGCCUGCGUCGACGCCGUCGCAGCCAUGGCCUCGCGGAUCACCCGCCCGCCUUUCUCGGCCUCGUUCCUGAAGCCGCUGGUGGAGACGAUGUCGGUCGAGCAGGACGCCAACUCGCAGAUCGGCUCCGCGCUGUGCCUCGCGGCGGCGAUCGAGGCGGCGCCGGACGCUGACGCCGCACAGCUGCGGCGGAGCCUGCCGAGGCUGGGGAAGUUGGCGAAGAGCGAUGGUUUCAAGGCCAAGGCAGCGCUGCUGGUUCUCAUUGGAAGCGUCGUCGGCGCCGGAGGCGCGUCGAGCCGGGGAGUUCUGGACUGGCUGGUCCCGAGCGUAGUGGAGUUCUUGAGCUGCAACGAUUGGGCAGUGAGGAAGGCCGCCGCGGAGGCGUUGGCGAGAGUAGCUACGGCGGAGAGGGAUUUGGCUGCUCAAUACAAGGAUUUAUGUUUAAAUGCUUUGGAAAGUCGGAGAUUUGACAAGGUGAAAGUUGUUCGUGAGACUAUGAAUCAUACAUUAGAGUUAUGGAAGGGGGUCUGUAAUGGAGCUUCUGAAGAAAUCCCUGUUCCAACUCAAUCCAGAUCUUCUUCAACUUCAACAGAUAAUGGGAUUAGUCGCUGUUUUCCUCCGCUGUCCAAAAGUACACAAGAUGGGGGCUUUAAGACUCCUCAACCAAAGAAAACAGCGCCCACAAACCGGUCCCCUCCAUCUGGUCCUGAUGGCUCAUUUGCGAACAGCGUCAAAAAAGGAAGUCCCCUAAAGAGUAAUGACCGAAAUUCAACCAAGGUGGACCAUUCGAAGAAACCAUUUGGUUGGAAAAUUGAAAUUGCUGUCCCAAGCGCUCCUUCCUCAGAGAUGGUCCGUGAGGAUAACAAUGUCGGGAGGAAUGACUUUGCAGUUUCGGAUUGUAGAGAGAACAAGCAGUGUGGAAAUCCCCAGCCGGAAACAAAGCAUGUCGUCUUCAGCAAGACCCGCGAAGAAAAACUGCACAAAUUCGGUGGUUUGAGAUCAGGGUCUCGUGUUGUUCCUUUUGAUGAGGAUGAAAAGCAUGGUUGUUCGGAAGUCGUAGACAGCAAUGCGGCUGAAGAAGUUUAUGAUAACCCAAAGGAUGCUGAGGAUCUUUCUUUGAUCCGUGAACAACUACUUCAGAUUGAGAACCAGCAAUCCAGUCUUUUAGACCUUCUUCAGAGAUUUAUUGGGAGCUCCCAGAGUGGAUUGAAUUCACUCGAAACGCGGGUAAAUGGACUAGAGAUCGCUCUGGAGGAAAUAUCAUACAAUAUGGCGGUAUCAAGUAGAAGAAUUCCGACCACCGACUCUGCAGAAAACACAUGCUGCAUGCUGCCCGGUGCAGACUUCUUGAGCUCCAAGUUCUGGCGCAGAGCUGAAGGCCGGUAUUCUUCUCCAAGGUUCCCUUCUUCUGGGAUGAUGUCCUCACCCAAUAAGGACGCUAGUGCAGAAUUUUGUAAGUCGGACAGCCGCAGAUCUCAGCACCAAAACGCCUUGGCUGACAUUCAGAGCAAUUCAAGAGGCCUUUCAAACAGAAUGCCAAAGACUACAAUUCAAGAUUCUGAGAGUGUACUAGAUCGCAAGGCCAAUGGGUUUAAUGGGCAAUGACCAGUUACUUGUAUAGGGCCGGUUCACCUCACAGCAGAUCCUUUGCUUACUUGGAAUGAAAUGUUCAGAAGGCUCCAACGAUCAGUUUCCACUGAGAGCGAACGCAACGAGUAAUUGAAGAACUGAUGACAUGAACGUGAAUUUUGUUUGCUGAAUGGCGGUGCACAAGUUCGCGAUUGAAUUGCCGAGCCAACAUUUUUUAUUCAUGUGGCCCAUGAUGCUCCGGAACACAAGGAUGUUCUGUCUCGCAUUUCUUUGAUUUUGUUGCAGCAUUCAGUUUAAACGCAACAAGGGAAGCAAGACUCGUGCACAAUUCUUGUUGUAUUUAUAUGUACAAUCGUCAGUAGACGAGAAUUUCUGUACAUAUUGAAGCUUUCCCACCAUCCUUUUUCGCUUGUCAUUCCUUGCUAUAGAUUGUAAAUUUUAUUCCAAGUGAGUUGCAAUCUGGUUAAUCAAUUAUCAAAGUAUAAAAAGGUUCCAUAUUUUUUU